CACGGAGGGGGCAGUCACGUGCAUUUGAAACGGAAUUUGUCCGUCAAGGCAAUCACGACGAAGAAUUAACCAGGAAACGGACGGCCCGUAGAUAAACAUCGCAUCGCAGCAGGUUCUAUGCUCCAAUUCAGGACCGCAGAAGAGGAAAGCAAUUGUGAGAUCUCCCAGCUCCGACAAGCAGUGCUGCAAAACAAUGAAAGACUCCUGGAUGAGAUGCUGUCCCAGGAAAUCUACCAGAAGGUCAUCAACUACCGAGGCGGCUGGGGCAUCGCCGGCACCCCUCUCCACGCUGCCGUGUCCAAGGGCCACCUCAGCUGCCUGCAGGUGCUGCUGACUCACGGUGCCCUGGUGGAUUGUGUCGACGUCAAAGCCCAGACGCCCCUUUUCGCCGCUGUGCGCGGGAAGUACCUGGAAUGCGUGGUAGCCCUCCUCCGCUCCGGCGCCGACCCCAACGGAAGCUCCUACAACAUCUGCUCGCCUGUCCUGACGGCCGCUCGCGAAGGUGACGUCCAGAUACUCCGGGAACUCCUUGAACACGGCGCAGAGGCCAACUCGCGCUCCAAAGUCCUGCUGUGGACCUCAAGCGCCAGAGUGUCGAGCGGCCCGCUGUAUCUGGCGGCCGUGUACGGGCACCUGGAGUGCUUCAAACUGCUCCUCCUUUAUGGCGCCGAUCCGGAUUACAACUGUGCCUACGCCAGACUGCUCAGCUCCAUCAAGCGCCCCAAAACGGUCCUGGAGAUGUGUCUGAGGCACGGCUGCGGCGUGGACUACGUCCGGCUCCUCAUCGACUUUGGCGCAAACGUCUACCUUCCCACGCUCAUCAUCGAGAAGUCCACCAAGCAGAAUGAGGCCGUGGAGCUGCUUCUGCAGGAGAGAGGAACUCCCAAGGCCUUGACUUCACUGUGCCGACUGGCGGUGCGGAGAUACCUCAAGAAGAUCGACAAGAUCCGUUGCGUCGAGCAGCUGGACAUGCCAACAAGUGUCAUUCGCUUCUUGCAGUACAAGCCGCUCCCACUUCUGAUUGUCUAGCAAAAGAAGUCUGCUUUUUGGAACCGACCCCAUUGUACUUGUGCUUUGUGAUCGAAAAGGUAACACUGUCUAUUAAACGUAUUGAUGUGU